AUGACAAUGGAAUUGUUUCGGAGACUGGUGGACAACAGUGAAGCAGUCAGUGAGGUGGAACAUGAUAUGACAGGAGAUAUAAAACUGGGCAAAUGGACUGAUCUCCAUCAGGCAGCUUAUAGUGGCAACACCAGCCUCAUGAAGACACUGCUACAGCAUGGAGCUCCAAUAGAUAGCAGGGAUGAAUAUGGGUGGACUGCUCUGCAUCAUGCAGCAUUCAAUGGCUGUCUGGCGUUGGUUAAGUUUCUUGUUCACCGGGGAGCACCAAUUGAUGCCAUGGACAGGCAUGACUGGACUGCUCUCCAUCGAGCUGCAUGGAAUGGGCACAGCCAGAUUGCUGAGUUCUUGCUUUGUCGGGGAGCUUUGACAUGUGCAUGUACCAGCUGCGGGAUGACAGCAUUGCAUUGUGCAGCUGCAAAUGGGCACACGUUGACCCUGCAGCAUCUCCUGAGCUACGGUGCCAACCAAGACAUGCCUGAUGCAAGAUACUGGACCCCAUUGCAUUGGGCAGCUGUGAGUGACCAAGCCCACAUAGUGGUAUUGCUACUUUCAAAUGGAGCUUCAGUCAAUUGUACAACAAGUGGCAACAUGACAGCUUUGCAUCUGGCAGUGGAAGUUGGAAACAGAGAAAUCAUUCAAUUGCUGUUGAGCAAUGGAGCCUUGCACAAUGCUGAAGAUGCUGUGGGAAGGACUGCAUUAUCAAUUGCUGCUGCUAAUGGCCAUCAGGAGGUAAUCACAGAUUUACUUGCACAUGAGGCUGCAGACAGUAAUAGAGUCUCUGCUCUCCAUGCUGCAGCAUUGAGUGGUCACCUCCGAAUAAUAGAAGUGCUGACACAACGAGGGAUCAGUGUGGACGUUAGAGACAGCUUGAAGAUGACAGCACUUCACCGAGCAGCAGAGAGGGGAGACACUACAGUUGCAGAAUAUCUAAUAGAUCAUGGAGCUGACAUUGAGGCCAGGGGCUGGCUGCAGAAAACCCCACUCCACCUGGCCACAGAGAAAGGUCAUGAGCAAACCAUCCACCUCCUGCUGAGCAAAGGGGCGAAUGUGCACGCUACAGAUCAAUGGGAUGAAACUCCUCUCGCUGUAGCAUCAGCACGAGCUUUGGAAAAGUGCUUUGGCUUAUCUAAAAAAAUCACUUCUGAAAUGCAGAAAUGA